AUGGACAAUAUGUCUAUUACUAACACGCCAACAAGUAAUGAUGCUUGUCUGAGCAUUGUUCACAGCUUGAUGUGCCAUCGACAAGGUGGAGAGAGUGAAACUUUUGCAAAACGCGCAAUUGAAAGUUUAGUUAAAAAGCUAAAGGAGAAAAAAGAUGAAUUGGAUUCUUUGAUUACAGCUAUAACCACAAAUGGAGCUCAUCCUAGCAAGUGUGUUACAAUACAGAGAACGCUGGAUGGGAGGCUUCAGGUGGCUGGUCGCAAGGGAUUCCCUCAUGUGAUUUACGCUCGUCUUUGGAGGUGGCCUGAUCUUCAUAAAAAUGAACUCAAGCAUGUUAAAUAUUGUCAGUAUGCUUUUGACUUAAAAUGUGACAGUGUCUGUGUAAAUCCUUACCAUUAUGAGCGUGUAGUAUCGCCUGGCAUUGAUCUCUCAGGACUGACACUACAGAGUUCUGCUCCAUCAAGCAUGUUGGUGAAAGACGAAUACGUUCAUGACUACGAGGGGCAGCCGUCAUUGUCUUCUGCUGAAGGCCAUUCAGUCCAAACCAUCCAGCACCCACCAAGUAACAGGGCAUCUACAGAGCCUUAUAGCACCCCAGCCAUGUUAGCUCCUACUGAGGCUAGCACUACCAGCACCACUAAUUUUCCCAACAUUCCUGUGGCUUCAACAAGUCAACCUACCAGUAUAUUGACAGGUAGCCAUAGUGAUGGACUCUUACAGAUUGCUUCAGGGCCUCAGCCAGGAACUCAGCAGAAUGGGUUUACAGCUCAGCCAGCUACUUACCAUCACAAUAGUACCACAACUUGGACUGGAAGUCGGACGGCAGCCUACACACCUACCAUACCUCACCACCAGAAUGGCCAUCUUCAGCAUCAUCCACCUAUGCACCCUGGACAUUACUGGCCAGUUCACAAUGAACUUGCAUUCCAGCCUCCUAUAUCAAAUCAUCCUGGUGAGUUGCACAUAGGUAAAGGGGUGCAGUUGGAGUGCAAAGGAGAAGGUGACGUGUGGGUUAGAUGCCUCAGUGACCAUGCAGUCUUCGUUCAGAGUUACUACCUGGAUAGAGAAGCGGGGCGUGCACCAGGCGAUGCUGUUCACAAGAUUUACCCAAGUGCAUAUAUAAAGGUGUUUGAUUUACGCCAAUGUCAUCGUCAAAUGCAACAGCAGGCUGCCACUGCGCAAGCUGCUGCUGCUGCUCAAGCUGCAGCAGUAGCUGGAAAUAUCCCUGGACCGGGAUCAGUAGGUGGAAUAGCCCCAGCCAUUAGUUUGUCAGCUGCUGCUGGAAUUGGUGUAGAUGACCUUCGCCGCUUAUGCAUACUCAGGAUGAGUUUUGUAAAAGGUUGGGGACCUGAUUACCCGAGACAGAGCAUCAAAGAGACACCGUGCUGGAUUGAAAUUCACUUACACCGUGCCCUCCAGCUUCUAGAUGAAGUACUUCAUACCAUGCCUAUUGCAGACCCACAACCUUUAGACUGA